AAACGAAGCAAGGAUUCGAUACGCAUUUUAUCAAACAAGUUAUAGUUGAUGCCAUGUUCGAAACCCAAUCUACACUGCUGAACUCUCAAUACAACUGACUCCAAAAUGCACCAAUUAAUUAAGAAAACCAAGUCCCCAUUUUGGCCAUAAAACAUGGCGAAUCUUAUUAAGUUCAAAGCUUUGCCACAGAGAGAGAGAGAGAGAGAGAGAGAGGGGCUAAUGAAUUUAAAAGAAGAUGCAAAAUGAUAAAAUGGUAUGUAAGCGCGGGCUAGCGCGAGAGAGAGGGAGAGAGGAAGAGAGGAUUGCAUCUUUAUAUAUACCAUGAAAAGGAACAUAGAGUCCGCAACUCUGCAAGCCAUUCGGAAGGAAAUUCCUCCUCCCAAUGGCCACCCCUCCGUUUGAAGCUCUGUGCCGCAAAAAGCUUCGUAGUUCUUUAAUCGGUACGUCCCGCAAAAAGUGGAGUUGGAUAUAAGUAGGCAAGUUGCCUUUGCCUAAACCAACUAUAAUCAGUACGUCCCUACCAAUUAACCCAAGAAAAGCUCAAAUUUUUCAGUGGAAGAUUACCAAAUAUUCGGACAUAAUACAGCAGCAGUCUGGUGUGGAUAUAUCAACUUUAUCCACAUGUCGGCGGGUGACGUCUUGCGGCCUCCACCCCCGCGACUGGUAGGUAAUAAUCUCAGCACGCAGAAAAAACCAAAGAAACGGUAUUAUCUUAUUUAGAAACAAACCCAUCCAUCAGUUCAUCGUUAACAACACCAACAUCACCAAUCCCAACACCCGACAAGAAGCAAACACAGAAACCAGACACUCACCCAGAAAUAUAGACAUACAACGACUGAGAUGGCGUUGCUCCGAAAGUUCUUUUCCCGGAAGCCGCCCGAUGGGCUUCUUGUGAUCUCUGAGCGAGUCUACGUAUUUGACUGCUGCUUCACUACCGAGGCUUGGAAUGAAGAGAACUAUAAGGUAUAUAUUGGUGGGAUAGUUGGUCAACUUCAAGAUCACUUACCUGAAGCUUUAUUCUUGGUAUUCAAUUUUCGUGAGGGAGAAGCACAAAGCGAGAUUGCUAACAUAUUGACCGAGUAUGAUAUGACCGUAAUGGACUACCCUCGGCAUUUUGAGGGUUGCCCAGUGCUGACAAUAGAGGUGAUCCACCAUUUUCUAAAAUCAAGCGAAAGUUGGCUAGCACUAGGGCAGCAUAACGUGCUGGUGAUGCACUGUGAACGUGGUGGUUGGCUGGUUUUGGCUUUUAUGUUGGCUGCAUUAUUGAUCUAUAGGAAACAGUACAGUGGGGAGCAGAAGACCUUAGACAUGGUUUACAAACAAGCUCCUCUUGAAAUUUUGCAUUUUUUGUCACCACUGAAUCCAAUGCCUUCUCAACUGAGGUAUCUACAGUAUGUAUCAAGGAGGAAUGUUGCCAUAGAAUGGCCACCAUUGGAUAGAGCCCUCACCUUGGACUGCAUCAUUCUCAGAUUCAUUCCUGAUUUUGACGGACAUGGGGGUUGUCGUCCAAUAUUUCGGGUAUAUGGACAGGAUCCUUUUCUUGUUGCUGAUAAGACCCCGAAAGUCUUGUACUCAACACCGAAAAGACGCAAAACUGUCCGGGCUUACAAGCAGGGAGAAUGCGAACUAGUUAAAAUAGACAUCAAUUGCCAUAUUCAAGGCGAUGUUGUGGUGGAGUGUGUUAGCUUGAAUGAUGAAAUGGCACGUGAAGAGAUGAUGUUUCGAGUAAUGUUUAAUACUGCUUUUAUUAGGUCUAAUAUAUUGAUCCUAAACCGGGAUGAAAUUGACAUAUUAUGGAAUGCUAGGGAUCAAUUUCCAAAGGACUUUAGAGCAGAGAUUCUCUUCUUUGAGGAGGGCCUUCCAAUGGAAGCAUUUGCAAAAGUUCAAGAGUUCUUCAGUUAUGUGGACUGUUUAGAUCCCAAGGCUGAUGCAUCACUAAAUGUGCUCCAACACAUGAGUGCCUCAAAUAUUGUCCACGAACUGUUGGAAAGCAGUUCUCAUGAGAGUGUGGAAACUAGUGGUCUAUUGCAGGAGACAAGUCCUAGAAAGCUUUGGGAGAAAAAGAAGCCCACGGUCUUGGAAAGUAAGGCUAAGAGCUCCUUGUCUUUGUCCCCGGAGAUUCAGUCCAUGUCCAUGUCCUCACCUAAGCAAUCUCCUGGUACUUAUCUGAGUAGAAAGGUAGCUGAGACUCCUGACAUUCAGAUUCUGCUUCAACUACCCAGACAAUCUGACAUCAGCUGCCAAGGGAUGCCUCAAUCUUCUCAGUCAACAAUAGUCUCCUCUAAAUCUGUGGAAGAUUCAUCUGUAGCCCAAACUUCUGACAUAGAACAUCAGCUACAUUAUCACACCUUAUCUGAAAGUGCAGAAACCACCCAUCCGCCAGCUAUAUCUCCAGUCAUUAUAGAUCCAACCUUGUCUGUUUCACACACAUCUGAAUCUCUAGAUGCCAAAAUUGUUUCGGUUUCACCCCCUACACCUCCUCCUCCACCACCACAGCCUUCCUCAACUGAUGUUUCUACGAAACUUUUUCAUUCUCCAACUCCUCCACCACCUCCAACACUGAUGCCUCCUCGAACACCUCCUUUGAAGGAGAAGCUAGCUGUUAGAGCUAUGCUACCUCUGCUUCCACCUCCACCCCCUCAUACCAUGCAAACUGCAAGUCCUACAAUUCUUGCCACUGGUUUAUUACUUAAUCCUCCUUCAGCUCCUGCAGUUACUUCAUCAACUAGGCUGCCCCCAAAUCCUCCACCGCCUCCAAUACUGCCACCUCCUCCAACACCUCCUUUGAAGGAAAAGAUAGCUGUUAGAGCCAGACAUCCUCCACCCCCACCCCCACCCCUCCCUCCCCCUCCCCCUCCUCAUUCUCAGCAGGUUGCGGGUCCUAGAGUUCCAUCUUUAGUGCCACCACCACCUCCUGCCCCCAUUUUUUCAUACAAGAACUCACACCCCGCAUCACAAAAUUCACCACCUAUUCCAUCCCCGCCCCCUCCACCGGCUCCUUUUCUUAAAGGUACCUCAAGGACAGGUGAUGGUCAUCCGGGAUCCCUUGCUCUAGAUGGUAAUGGAUCUCCAUCUUCUGGAUCACCAUCUAAUUCUCUCAGUAGGGGAAAGGGGCAAAUUCUUUCACGUACUAUAAGUGCCAAGAAUUAUCAUAACAAAAAACUGAAGCCAUUGCAUUGGUUGAAAUUGACAAGAGCAGCAUCAGGAACUCUUUGGGCGGAGGCACAAAAAUUGGGUGCAGCUUCAAAGGCUCCAGACAUUGACAUUUCAGAACUUGAGAAUCUUUUCUCAGCAUCACUUCCAAGUUCAGAUCAUGUUAGGAAGUCUAUGCGAGGCUCAGUUGGACCUAAAUCAGAUAAAGUGCAACUGAUUGACCACCGGCGGGCAUAUAACUGUGAAAUCAUGCUUUCAAUGGUGAAAGUAUCAUUGCAUGACUUAGUGAGUUCAGUGCUUGCCCUUGAAGAUUCAGCUUUAGAUGUGGAUCAGGUUGAGAAUCUCAUAAAGUUCUGUCCUACGAAAGAGGAGAUGGAGCUACUUAAGGGCUACACAGGAGAAAAGGAAAAGUUAGGGAAAUGUGAACAGUUUUUCUUAGAGUUGAUGCAAGUACCACGUGUAGAAUGUAAGCUUGCAGUUUUUUCAUUCAAGAUACAAUUCCAUUCCCAGGUUUCUGACCUUAGAAAGGGUCUAAAUGUUGCGAACUCAGCAGCAGAAGAGAUCAAGAAUUCAGCCAAACUGAAGAGAAUUAUGCAGACAGUUCUGUCACUUGGAAAUGCUUUGAACCAGGGAACUGCUAGGGGAUCUGCUAUUGGAUUUAGGUUGGAUAGCCUUCUUAAACUUACUGACACGCGUGCACGGAACCACAAGAUGACUCUCAUGCAUUAUCUUUGUAAGGUGCUUUCCGAUAAGCUGCCAGAAGUUCUUGAUUUUUCCAUUGACCUUGCCAGCUUGGAGCUGGCUUCAAAGAUACAACUGAAAUAUUUGGCGGAGGAAAUGCAAGCCAUAAGCAAAGGAUUGGAGAAAGUUAUACAGGAACUGUCUGCCUCGGAAAAUGAUGGCCCUGUAUCAGAAAAUUUCCAUAAGACUUUAAAAGAGUUUCUUCUUUUUUCUGAGGCUGAAGUGAGGUCUUUGGCAUCAUUGUAUUCUGGCAUGGGUAGAAAUGUGGAUGCACUGAUCAUUUAUUUUGGGGAAGAUCCAUCUCGCUGCCCCUUUGAACAAGUUAUUUCAACUCUGCUCAGCUUUGUAAGAAUGUUCAAGAAAGCUCAUGAAGAGAACUGCAGGCAGCUUGAGCUUGAAAAGAAGAAAAGAGCAGAGAGUGAAAAGACAAAGACGGGUGCCUCACAUGAGGAGUCCAAAUAGCUUUUAAAUACUCCAAUACACAUUGGAAAUGUUAAAUUAUAAGUGCUUAAAUGAACCCUUCUCUAGUGGUGUCUAAAAAUGCUCCAGUAUGACAAGAACCUUCCACAUUAGAGUAUGUUUUGUACAAAAAAUAGUUCUCAGUGUCAGUAGAAGCAUGUAUAUUGGUCAGUAGAUUGAAUUUGUAUAUGGUACAGAGUAUAAGGAUCAGGAUUCAGAUCAUUAUUGAAUUUGUCCGCUUUGAGGUAA